AUGACCAGAUAUCAGUCUUUUUCAUGUCAUAAAUAUCCUGUUGCUGCUUCAGUCGAAGAAUAUACAACACCAGUUUGCAUCAAGAAGCAACCAGAAGUAAAACGCAACACUCACAAGCGGCGGAUGUUGAGCUUCGUUCAUGUAGAAGUUAUGAGUGAUUUAUGGACGGUAAAUCAGUAG